AUGUCAAUACAAAUUCAAUCAACCAAUGAAUUUGAAAAGUUAAACAAGGCUAUUCUUGAAUCAAAAGAAAAUUAUGUACGCCAAGACUUUUUUGGAAAAUCUUUUGAUGAACUUCACAAAGAAGUUUGUCCUUACAGAGCAACAACAACGAAUUUUCAAGGAGAUGGGAAAGACAUUACUAUCCUCCAUCCAAUUGACUUAUAA